CUAGCAACGAGGCUUUGGCUUUGAAAUUGUGCGGUUUGUUACCAAGGCGUCAAGUUAUCCAGACAAGCGCUAGUGUAUUUCUUCUGGCACAAUGUCCAAGUCCAUCGAUCCUCCAGUGGAACAAAUCAGCGCGUUUGGGGACCAUGGACCACUGCGCAGGAUCAUUGCUGAAGACCCAGAGUGGUCCCUUGCUCUGGUGCCUCCCUUAUCCAUACUCUGCCUGCAAAACAUCGUGACAAACUUCGAGGAAAAGCAGACCAUCGAAGAGCUGCUGCCCGCUCAUAAGGAGUACGUGCUGGGCCGGCUGCCCCCCUCCCUGCCGCUGCACGUCACCGCCAACCUGAUCUCGGACCCGGGCUACUGGCGCCGCUGCUGCGUGCAGCGCUGGAACCCCUGCGACGUGUCCCAGUAUGGCCACAGCUGGAAGCGCAUGUUCUUCGAGAAGCACCUGGAGAACCUGCUGGAGCUGUUCAUCCCGGACGUGACGCCGCCGCACUCCAUCCUGGAGCUGGUGCCCCUGUGCAGGGACUACGUCCUCAGGCUGGACGUCUCCCAGCUGCUGCCCCCCAUCAAGGAGCCCGGGAACCCCGGGAGGGAGAGGCCGCGCGAGGAGCAGCAGCAGCAGCAGGAGGAGGAGGAGGGGGAGGAGGAGCAGGAGGAGGAGGAGGACGCGGCCAGCGACGCGGGUCCGUCGAUGGACCACUUUGACUUCGGCCUGCUGUUGGACCAGCUCAGCCGCCUGGAGGAGCUGCGGCUGGUUUACGGGGUCCGGGGCUGCGGCAUGAACUUUGAGUGGAACCUGUUUGAGUUCACGCUCCGCGACUGCGAGGCCCUGGCGAGAGCGCUCAAGUCCUGCCACACCUUGAAGGUCCUGAGGCUUUGCCAGAGCAAAGUGGAGGACGAGCGCUGCCGGAUCCUGGCCCUCCACCUGCUGGACCACCCGUCGCUGCUCGAGCUGGACCUCUCCCACAACCUCAUCGGCGACCGGGGGGCCCGGGCCAUCGGCAAGCUGCUGUCCAGGAGCCGCCUGGAGGGCCUCGACCUGUACGACAACGAGGUCGCGGGCCCCGGCGCGCGGGCCAUCGCCCACGCGCUGUCCCGGAGCGCCGCCCUCCGCAGCCUCAACCUGCGGCUGAACCGGUUGGGGGACGAGGGCGGAAGGGCCGUCGGCCAAGCUCUGCUGACCAAUCGCACGCUCCGCCGGCUGCACCUGGGCGCCAACGAGAUGGGAGAGGCCAGCGCCGCCGUGCUGGCGCAGGUGCUGGUCCAGAACGACACGCUGACCAGCGUCAACCUCUCCUGCAACAGCCUGGGCGCGGAUGGAGGUAAGAUUCUGGAAGACGCGAUGUCCCAUAACAACGCCGUGACGGAGUUUGACGUCCGACUGACGGAGGUGGGCGAGGGGAGCGAGGCCUUUAUCGGCCAGAGGGUGCGAAGCAAUCAGGGCAGGGUGCGUGAGCAUCCCGCCUGAGAGAACGCCAACGGCAAGUAGACUGUGUGAUUCAACACAGUAAAACCUGAACGAUGCUCACACACUCAUGGUUCCCACCGCUCUUCUGUUCACCUCUUGCGGGGGAGAAUGACGGAACGGAAUAGAGAUUGAAUCUUUGAAGAAUGCGUGUCAUUUUGUCCAAUCGUUCCUCCGAGACAAAUUGUUUUCAUAGACCCUACUAACAUGAUUGAUCGUGUGGCUGAUCAAUGUUGAGCUGAAAUCUGUCCAAAUGACCUAUCGGCAGACACGGUAGUACGCUGUACAUAGGAAGCACUUAUGUUUGGUUAUUCUUUGUAGGCCUUAGCUUGGUAAAAAAUGUCAUUCCCAAAUAUGGGAUUUUCCAAAAAUAUCCAGCUUAUCAGAGUGACUCUUGGUGGGAAGUAAAGACAACACACAUUCUCCUCUGAGAAAAGCCCUCCACGCAUAUUUCUGUUCAUCUUUACCAUAGUUAGUCCAUUUUGAAUAAUAUGGUUUUGAUUGCUCUAUAGAUUGCUACACUUUCCUUGGGUGCCGCCAUUGUUUUUUUUUUUACUCAUCAGACUGCGGCGCUCCUUGUUCGUCGUGAACUUAAACUCCCUCCCCCUAGGACUGACUGGGUCUAUAAUAUUUAUGUUAUCCGAAACGGCUUUCAACAGGCCCAAGGCCAGACCGAUCUACAGAGAGAACAGAAUGUGAACUCACAAGACCCUGAUGGAUUACUGCAACAAAUAUGGGCAAUUUAUGACACAUGAUGUUGGUUAACUCAAUACCAAAACAUGACACCAUAGCAAAAUCAUUUGUAUGGGGUGGUUUUAUUUUAUUUGAGUGUCCCGAUUUGAGCCAUGACCCUUGCCUGAUAUCAGAGGGAAUGUACAGUAGACAUGGUGGCAGUGUAGACAUAUGUCUCGAAAUGUAACUGACCUGCUGUAGAACAGUGACAUCCUUUACUGUGCAGCAACAAGCAAAAAGGAAGGCUUUCGAUUGCGUGUAUCGCAACAGGCAAGAUGUUUCAUGAUCAUUUUGAGGUAAGUCUGUAUCAAAAUUAAUUUACAACGCAUAUAAAAUUUGUUUAAGCUACAUAAAAGCACAUGAACAAAAGAAAAACAUCCAGAUGCUAGUUUUCUAUAAUACAUAUGUGCCCUGUUAAAAAACUACACAUUUAGUUAUCACUUUUCAGACUCCAGCUUCACAAUAUAUUGAUGAUACAAACUGGUUUGAAACUUGUUUAUAAUUCGUCAUCAACAUUCAGCUUGUACACCAGGUACAAUUGUUCUAAUCGGACUUCCUUAUUUCUCGUAUAAAAAAGCAGCUCCAGAGCUACAGAUCAUGCUGCUAGGUUAUGUUAUAAAGCAAGGGG